AUUAUGGUUAUAUUAUAUUUUCGUUGGAUAGAAGAGAACCCAUUUAUCAACUAAACUAACUCUUAAUUCCAAUAGUCAGAUCAGUCAAUGGCAGCAUAACAUAAGAAUUAGAUGGAGUGAAUAAUCUUAUGCCAUGCCAUUAAUUUGCUUGAACAACAGUUCAAUGGCUGUGCGAGCUUCAGUUGUUUUCAAAGAGGAAAAACAGUAGACAAUAUAGCAGUCGUACAAUAAGCAAUAAGUACGUGCAUGGACAACUGCCCAUGUCAAUAUCACUUCCAAGACUUAAAGACCUGGAAAUGCAAAAUAAAGUAUGCUUCUCGGCUGUGCAAUGGGAUGGUGGUUGAAUAUCAGGAGCAAUGGCUGGGAGAUUAAGCUUGGAGCGGCAAAUAUAUUCGCUUCUCAGGACGAGGAGUGUGAAGAAGAGGACAAUUAUCGUUGGCCUAAAAUCAGAUAAUCAUAGCAGAGAAAUGCUAUUGAGAUUGCUCAAUGUAGUAGUUAAGCCAGGGGAUAAUGUGAUAGCCAUUCAUGUUCAAGAACCAUUUGGUAGUUUUGACCUUAACACUUUCCAUACCCAUGAAGAUCUUUGCAAGUCCAAGCAGGUGGAUUUCCUGAUAAAAAUCUGCACUGGGAACUCUUACAUUUUUGAAUUAAGCCAGCAAGUACGCAUCAACUAUGCAACAAUUCUCGCAAUUGGAUGCAGCUUUUCAAGGCCUAAACAAUCAGUAAUCAGUAGUUGCCUAAAAGGGCUGCCCCCAACUUGCGGCCUCCUGAUCAUUGAUAAUGUUGGAAGAAUCAUACUACAGAUGCAGGGAACCUCACAACAAGGCUCUUUUCAUGUACUCCCUGGAUCGUCUAUAUCUUCUUCGUCUUCAUCUUCAUCUUCAUCAACAGAAAAAGGUUAUGUUCGCCAAAACAUACCUGCUGAGUUACAAAAAUCAGUGGGUGAAACAUCUCUCUUGGCACAAUCAACAAAAGGAAGGCAUGGCCUCAAAAGAGCGAUUGAGGUUCCAGACCUAGCAAAGAGUAUAUUUCAGAAAUUAGUACUGCUGGAACCUGAUGGAUUCAUCAGGCUUUUCACAUUGCAAGAUCUUUACUCAGCUACUGAUAAUUUCAGUCCUCAAAUGGUGAUUGGAGAAGGUGGGAACAGUAAGGUAUAUCGAGCCAACUUCCAGGAUGGUCGAACUGCAGCUGUGAAGGUCGUAAAACCCGCACACUGUUUAGCAGAGGAUCUUUUCCAGGAAGUAGAGAUUUUAUCUAGCAUCAGACACGACAACAUUGUUCAGAUAAUUGGGUACUGCAACUGUAAGGAUCUGCAUGCAGUUGUAUAUAAUUUGAUGAAGGGAAGCUUAAAGCAAAACUUGACACAGCUCAAAUGGUCGGAGCGGAUGGAAGUCGCCAUUGGUGUGGCAAAGGCAUUGGAUUACCUUCAUUCUUUCAACCCUCCGAUAAUUCAUGGACAUGUCAAAUCAUCUAACAUUCUCCUCUCCGAGAAUUGCCAGCCACAACUAUCAGAUUUUGGAGGAGCAAUGGUGUACAAUAAAUCAGAGGAAAUUCCAGCAAAAAUAAGGCCAUUUGAUGUUGUGGGAACAUUUGGUUAUAUUGCCCCAGAAUACAUGAUGUAUGGAAAAGUAGAUGAGAAGAUAGAUGUCUAUUCCUAUGGUGUUGUACUUCUGGAACUUAUUACUGGGAAAGAAGCUAUUCAAGCAAACCAGGCAAAACAAGAAAGCUUAGUGCUUUUGGCAAGAUCCUUACUGAGGAGUUCUCGCCGACCCGAAUGUUUGAUUGAUCCUCGCCUGAAUGAAGAUUACGUGGAAGAAGAGAUGGAAGCAAUGAUGUUUGCAGCACGCCUCUGCCUCAUGCAUUCAUCUUCAAGAAGGCCAACAAUGAAAAUGAUAUUGAGGUUAUUUGAGGAGCCAGGACAUUUGCUAAAGACGGAAAGAGAGACAGAAGAAACACGCCUGUGAAGAUGGGAAGAACCAGCUAUUGACAGUGCCCUUCCUAUGGAUGAUUUAUAUCGUGAAAUAUUAUUACAUAAAGAGUAGGAUUAUUGGGGAUUC